GGAUGGAAGGACGGGGGAGGGAAGGGAUGAAGGGAAACGCCACGAGGAAAGCAAAUAGGAUAUGAAAAGGGGCUUUUGCUAAGAGACCGUGAGGUGCAAGGUCGAAUAUGAGAGAUUGGUUGAACGGGGCACUUUGCGUGGUAAUAGCUGGUCGGCAAUAGUACUAUGAUUUGGUAUGUGGCCACUCUGAUAGCAAGUGUAUUCAGCACCAGAGGAACGGCCGCUCAAGGUGCCCACGGAGUGAGAGAGGAGCCCCGGUUUGUGACGGCGCGCGCCGGAGAGAGCGUGAUCCUGGGGUGUGACGUGUCCCCUCCCCUGGACGGCCAGCAGCCCCCCUAUGUGGUGGAGUGGUUCAAGUUUGGAGUGCCUAUCCCCUUCUUCAUCAACUUCCGCUUCUACCCUCCUCAUGUGGAUCCAGAGUACACUGGUAGAGCCUCUCUGCAUGGGAAGGCCUCCCUACAGAUUGACCCAGUGCGCUCUGAGGACCAGGGCUGGUACGAGUGCAGGGUCCUGAUGCUGGAGCAACAGUACGACACCUUCCACAACGGCAGCUGGGUGCACCUCACAGUCAAUGCCCCCCCUUCAUUUACAGCGACGCCACCGCAGUAUGUGGAGGCGAAGGAAGGCGGAAGCACUCUGCUUAGCUGCUCUGCCCAGGGAAAUCCAAAACCAAUGAUCAGCUGGUUGAGGGAGGGGGAGGAGCUCGAAACCAACGCAAAAUAUUCGGUACAUGACGGCAGCCUGACCAUCCUUGGCAUCACUAGAGAUGACAGAGGAGCGUACACAUGCCGAGCCUACAGUGACCAGGGCGAGGUACUCCACACGACCCGUCUGCUGGUUCAAGGGCCUCCAUACAUCGUGUCUCCACCAGAAAACGUCACUGUAAACAUAUCCCAGAAUGCACUCUUCACCUGCCAAGCAGAGGCGUAUCCUGGCAACCUGACCUACACCUGGUUCUGGGAAGAGGACAACGUCUACUUCAAGAAUGAUCUAAAGCUCCGAGUGCGCAUUCUCAUCGACGGCACUCUUAUCAUCUUCCGGGUCAAGCCAGAGGAUGCCGGGAAAUACACCUGCAGUCCGAGCAACAGCCUCGGUAUCUCGCCCUCGGCAUCAGCCUACCUGACUGUUCAGUACCCUGCCCGAGUGAUCAACAUGCCCCCGGUUAUCUAUGUCCCACGGAAACUGCCAGGCAUCAUUCGCUGCCCGGUGGACGCCAACCCACCUGUGACAUCAGUGAAGUGGGAGAAAGACGGCUAUCCUCUCAGAGUCGAGAAGUACCCCGGUUGGAGCUUGAUGCCAGAUGGAAGUAUCCGGGUGGCGGAGGCUACAGAAGACUCCCUGGGCACCUACACCUGCGUGCCUUACAACGCCCUGGGUACCAUGGGCAUGUCCCCCCCUGCGACUUUGGUGCUAAAGGAUCCCCCUUACUUUAAUGUGAGGCCUGGGGGGGAGUACCGUCAGGAGGCUGGGAGAGAGCUAGUUAUCCCCUGUGCUGCUUCUGGAGACCCUGAUAUACCAACCAUCACCUGGAGAAAGGUGGGGAAGCCAAGCAAGAGUAAGCACAACAUCCUACCCAGUGGCAGCUUACAGUUUCUGUCCCUCAGCAAGGAGGACCACGGAGAAUGGGAGUGUGUUGCCACCAAUGUGGUCACAAGCAUCACUGCCAGCACGCGUAUCCUAGUCAUCGGUACAAAAAAAAUCUGCACGCCCCCACACGCUCCUGGCAAUAUCCAUGUAUUGCCCUCGACAACCUCUGCUAAUGUGUCCUGGGAACCAGGAUAUGAUGGCGGCUUCGAACAGACGUUCUCUGUGUGGUAUGGUCCAGUGUCAAAGAGAACAGACUUCGGUCCUCACGACUGGCAUUCAAUGCCAGUUUCUGGUGCUCAGACAUGGUUGGUGGUGCCAGGGCUGGAGCCUGGGACAGAGUACCAGUUCAGUGUGUUGGCGCAAAACAAACUGGGCACCGGCCCAUUCAGCGAAGUUGUGACAGUCAACACUGCAGGCUCUCCUCUGGGUACCCCAGAACCACUGGUGCUUCUUACUCCACCACGGUGCCUCACAGCCAAUCGCACGCAGCACGGUGUCCUCCUUACGUGGCUCCCUCCAGCCAACCACUCCUCACCCAUUGACCGAUAUAUCAUGGAGUUCCGCCUCGGGGAGAGGUGGGAGGUUCUGGAUGACCUGAUCCCAUCCACUGAGACUGAGCUCAUAGCCAGAGACCUCGUUCAGGAAUCCUGGUAUGAGUUUCGAGUGAUGGCUGUCAUGGAUGACCUGAUCAGUGAGAGCAGCAACGUAGUGGGAGUGUCUAGCACAGAUCCCUUCCCCCCUGCGGAGUUGCCUGAUGAGGGGCUGGCACGGCCGGUGGUGGCGGGUGUUGUGGCAACAAUCUGUUUUCUGGCAGCGGCAGUACUGUUCAGCACUCUAGCAGCUUGCUUUGUCAAUAAGCAGCACCGUCGCAAACUCAAGCGUAAACCAGAUCCUCCCUUGUCGGUGACACACUUCAGGAAAAGCAUUGAGUCACCGCCUCCUCUCACCCCCUUGCCAGGGGUAGAGCCCUGCUGGGACGAGCCUGCCAGGAGCAGUUUCUUGCCCCCGCCCGCCAGCCCCCUGUUAUCAUCGGGGAAGAUAAGUCCAGAGAGCUCUCCUCCAUCUCGGCCCCGCUCUCUAUCUUCGGAGGGUUCCCAAGGUCCAGGCCUGUACGUCAGGAAGCUACCCAGCCCUCAGAGAGAACGAGAGAAAGAGCUCUCCUUCUACAAGAAAACCAAGCGUGCCAUAGCCAGCAAGAAAUACAGUGUGUCCAAGCAUGAGGCGGAGGUCACCACGCCUAUUGAGCUGAUAAGCCGCGGCCCUGAUGGCCGCUUCGUCAUGGAGAGCCCACCGCCCCGCCGCAUCCACGGCUUCCCCUUCGCAGAGGAGUCUGACAUGUACCCCGAGUUCCGGCAGUCUGAUGAGGAGAAUGAUUUUGACCCCGGGCCUCUGCCGCCCAUCAUGCCCACGCUGCGGCCCCAGCUCUCCCCAACGUCCUCCAGCCUGGAGUCAACGCAGCCCCCCACCUACAGUCCCCGCCUUCACAGGGCCAUGGAAGGUAUGAGCUUUGCAGAGGGCAGUGCACUUCACGCCUCAGGGCAGGCCCCGGCCUCCCGCUACAGGGGCUUUCCCCAGGGCCCAUUCUAUGGGUAUCUAGGCAGCCGCGUCGAAUCAGGGAUUCCACCACCAUUCUACAUGCCUGACAUCAGCCCGCGUAGCUCCGCUCUGUCCUCACCCCCAGGCACCGCCGAGGGGCCCUUCGGUUACCCAUCCAUCCCCGAGGAGAGUGGAGAGAUGGAGCACCAUCAGUACACUGCCUCUGGCCAUUCUCUGUCUCACACUCACAGCCCUCCUCCUCGCUCUCCUGAAAGCUGGCAGCCUCAUGAGUUACCCUUCCUGGGUCUAGAGGGUCCACGAUUCAUAUACCCACCUCACCAUCCCUUACAUCACCCCCAGGACCUCCCUGACCCACCCCCAUACCCUCCUCACUCUCUCCCCCCGAGUCGCCUGCACCUCCCUCCCCUAAAGGAUCCAACAAGCCCUGGACUCCUGCAGCUGGAGGUCCCUGUGGCUCCCCCAGGCAGAGACAGGCCCCUGGGGCCUCCGGUUAGGCGUUUAGCUAUGCAACAGGCCCAGAGUCUUGGCCAGCUCAGACACACGGCCCACGGUGUGGGUGUACCAGUGUUGCCUUACCCUGACCCGGCAGCCCGCGCAGGGAGCCCAAGCACAGCCCCCAGUAGUAGCCCUCAGUCCUGGCUCAGCCCGAGGGCGGGGCGCCGGGCAGACCCCAGCCUACCCCCGCUAGUUCUCCAGCCCUCCCGCCUCUCACCGCUCUCCCAAAGCCCCCUUAGCACCCAGCCGGGUUCCCCGGAUAUUCUUGUGCGGCCCCCUCCGCGCCCCAGCAUCCUCCGCACCUCUCGGUCUCUGGAGAUGCCUGAGAUCACCCUGCAGCCCUCGGCCACUGUCAGUUUCUCCCGGAGGUCCUCCCUGACCGCCUCUCCCACUCAGAGCCAGGGCGCCAGGCAACCCAGCCCCAGUUACCACGCCCACAUGUCCUAUGCCUCCACUGCAGCCAGUUACCCCUCCCAGUCCCCCUCUCCCCCUCUGGAGGGCAGGGAUGUUUUCGGGCAGAGGCCAUCCCAGAGAAGGACAGAGGAGGAGAUGCUGCCCUCAGAGCCCUCUCAGCUCCAGAUAUCAGCCUCAGGGGAACCUCUAGGUGCGUCUAGUGAUCCUGCCGGGUCUGAGAGCUUACCAGCACUGCUACACCACUGUAUUACUAAAGCCAAGGGAGUGGCUGCCAACAACAAUAACAACACAACCUCUGGAAGUAGAACAGGUGUGUGUCCCUCUCAGACCCAGCAGCAAUCCCAGACACCCCAAGAGGGAGAGGAUCUCCACAGAAAGAGGAAAAGGCAAAACAAGAAGAACCCCUAUCGCUAUUUGACCUCCCUCCUGCACCGCAGGCAGUCUGAGGAGGACCAGACAGGCAUACUGGCCAGUGCAGACUCCGAGGGCCCAAAUUAUGGGACUCUACGCUGACCUGUGCGCCCACCAAGCCAUUGGACUCGACUAAACUGACCUCCCCUGAUAAAAAAAAAAACCCACCUCAGC